AUUGGCGACUUCAUGUUCAUCAAGUAUGGUUGUGGCGUUUCAAGUGAAUUGCUGUAUUCAGAACAAGAAGCCCUCAGCUGUCCUAGACAAUAUUGAGUACUUCAAGACCACUCUCUCCUCGGCUAUCAUGAAGCAGCCAUUGUUGAGAAGGAUGCAACAAGUUCCUAUGCAUAUAGAUGUCUCGAAAAUCUUCAAGAACGCUUCUGUAAAAAUGUUGGACGCCUUUGUAGAUUCGGUGUUUGAAUUCAUUGAUCAACCAUUGCUUCCAUCUCAGAAGAACUUCGCCCCAGUUGGUGAAUUGCAAGGAGAAGGAGCUGUAAUCACGAGCAUCAUCGGAAGAAUUCCAGAUAACUUUCCGGAGGGAGUCUACGUAAGAAAUGGUCAGUGCUCUCUUAAUAUAUCAUUAAUCAAAUUCAUUAGUGCUUCUACAUGCAUAUCAUAUUGUAACUUAGAUUGUUUUUCUGGCAAGUACAACAUAUCAUUUGAAGUAUUGCUUGUUCCAUAUACAUAUGAUCCAGUCCCUACUCCCUAGAGGACAAAACCAAUCGACAAAUCCAGUAUAUUACGAG